CUUGUGAUAUUAUGCGGCUCAAAUGGAAAGCUGCGAAAAAAGUAGCGCGGCACAGAACGUAUAAACUAUGAAGGAAUAGCGAACACCGCGGUGAGGUUGGUACACCCUCACGUGCAAAGUUACAUAACACGGGUACCGCAAACGUCUCCAUUUCAAUUAAUUUUUAAAAAAUGGCUGGCAUCGCUCCGCAGGCCUGCAGAAAUGUAUUGCGGCAAGUUAGAGGUUUGCAUACCUCUAUUAGUCAGAAUGCUGAAGCCAGGAUGAAAACUUUUUCUAUAUAUCGUUGGAAUCCAGAUGAACCCAAUAAGAAACCACAUAUACAAGAUUAUAAAGUAGACUUGAAUACUUGUGGCCCUAUGGUUUUGGAUGCACUGAUUAAAAUUAAAAAUGAAAUUGAUCCAACUCUGACUUUCCGACGUUCUUGUCGUGAAGGCAUUUGCGGUUCUUGUGCUAUGAACAUUGGUGGCACAAACACAUUGGCAUGUAUCAGCAAAAUUGAUUCUAAUCUAGGUUCUCCUAGUAAGAUUUAUCCUUUACCGCAUAUGUAUAUAGUGAAAGACUUGGUACCAGAUAUGACCAACUUUUAUACGCAGUAUAAAAGCAUACAGCCAUGGUUGCAACGUAACGAGGCAAAGGAAGUUGGUUCUACGCAAUAUUUGCAAAGUGUUGAUGACCGUAAAAAAUUGGAUGGUCUCUAUGAAUGCAUCUUGUGUGCUUGCUGUAGCACUUCUUGUCCAUCAUAUUGGUGGAAUGGUGAUAAGUACUUAGGUCCUGCUGUACUUAUGCAGGCUUAUAGGUGGAUUAUUGAUUCCCGUGAUACUAAGGCAAAGGAACGUCUCGCGAAAUUGAAGGACCCAUAUUCGGUAUUUCGUUGCCACACAAUUAUGAACUGUACCCGCACUUGCCCAAAGGGUUUGAAUCCUGGAAAGGCAAUUGCUGAAAUAAAAAAACUGUUAUCCAAUAUUAGCGAGAAACAGAAACCAGGUCUUGAUGCCGCUGUUUAAGUAAGUAGAAAAAGUAAUAGAAAUUAGUCAACCGUGAGCAUCCUUCAUUUAACACGGUCACGCAUAAACUUAUGUUUUAUCAAAUAAGAGUGCAUAAAAAAUCCGCUUGCAGUAUUUGAUAAAACGGCGUAUGCUGAAUCCAAAAACACAAAUUUUGUAUUUAAUAAAUAAUACAUUACAAUUA